AUGUCGCUGCAGGAAUUGUGCCAGAUGUCUCAUCAACGCACUCUCCACGGAACAAUGCCCGCCAAUGGAUUUAAAGGUCCGCCAGCAGCGUUCGGCGUUCUCACGGACAUCGCACAGGAUAAUGACAGGCUAUUAGUUUCCAGCGCUGACGCGUAUCUUUUAGACAUUCCAGAACCUCUGGUUCCACUUUUUUACAGCGACGAUUACCGCAUUGGAUCUCAUCGCACAACCGCCACUCGCUUGCCAACCGGCCUGGCACUCCCCAACAGCCAGUUUAUGCGCAUCCGGCGGACAAGUUUUGUUCAAGAUGUACGCGUAGUUUUUCCCAACGUAGUUUUAGUGUGGGUUAGCCCUCCCCCCCCCCAUAAAUGUCGCAGGCCGACAAGUAAGAUCUUCCUGCUGUUCGCGAUGGCCAUCGCGCUCCUGGCUGGCGCUCCCCGAGCCGACGCUGACGCCGCCGCCGAUGCCGCCGCCGACGUCGCCGACGCCGUGGACGCCGCGCGCGCCGCGGAAGCCGCCGACGCCACCGAGGCCGCGGAGGGCUCCGACGCGUCCGACAUCCGCGCGGCCGCGUCGGAGACCUCUUCGACGGAGACGACGACGCCGCCCCUGAACAUCGACCCGCAGCUGCGGCGGGCGCUGCUGCAGGCCCUCACGCGCCUGGAGAAGGAAGCCCAGGAAGAGGCGUCGCGCCUGCAGGAGGAGCAGCGCCACGAGGGCGACAACCUGCCCCCCGCCACGGAGGAGACCCCCGCCAGCCCCCUCGGCUUCGGCCCCUUCGGCGAGCCGCUCGGCCCCGCGCCCGACCACAGCGUCAAGAAGGACGUCUCCCUCACGCAGAUCACCGUCGACACCCUGCCCUCCCAGAGCCCCCCGGGGCCCGCCGCCUCCUCCGACCCCCAGCCCGCGAACUUUGACAACGCCCAUUUCCCUAGCAACGACUUCGGAGGGGGCAAUUUUCACAACUCCGUGGCUCCCACGCAGCUGCCGGAGGAGGCGAGGACCUCCUCGAAUUUCGAAAUUCUUCCGGAAAAUUCUGAUAUACAAUCGAACAUAAUCAGUACUACCAACGUCAAUGAGAAACCAGAAAUAUUUAAAAGCCAGCAACCCUUCUUCCCCAUUCAGUCACCUUCACAUUUAAGAUCUCAGCGUCAAGAAACUGGCACAGCAAUUGUUGAUUUCCAGAAAAGCAUUAGCUUUCCAUUUGCCCCUCCUCCUCCAGCACCAAUUCAGCCAUUAUCUACAAACACUCCAUCUCUUAAUAAUAAUUUCUUCCGUCAGUCAUCUAUUCAGACACCUAGAAAUAAUCCGGAUAAUCAGCCUUUUCAAGGAAAUAUUCAACAGUUCUCUUCAUUCCCCAGCUCACAGAUUUCAUUGAGGCCUAACUUUUUUUCUACUCCAACAAGAUUUCAGAGACCACCUCCAGUUGACAAACAACUUCAGAAUUUACUAUAUCAAUCUGGAAUUGCAAGAGAUUUGCAAAGCAAUGGAGCAUCUCCUGUAGAAGAUUUGAACAUUCUCACCAAAGUACUAUCUUUAAAUCAUGAUCCACAAGAAAAUACAAGUAAAUUAAAUUCAUUACGGUCAAGUAGAACUACUUUAGAAGCAACCCAUUCACAAAACAUUAAAAGUGUGCUACCUCCAUCUCUUCAUCUGACAGCACCAAAUAUCUAA